UUUUACUUUGGUUAAUGCGUAAAAAACUGAUCAUUUUAGAAAUAAAUAAGUUAAAAGCCACUGAGUCAUGCAUUAACUCUUCAGAAAUUAUAAUAAAACUUAAAUGUUUAACUUGCAUAUUUUCUCUAAAAUAUAUAACAAAUGGAUGCAUGGUAGCUUGUUGGACAUUCCAGUGAUGAGACUGCACCUAAUCCUGUAACACAAAGCUGUAGUUUUCGGAAAAAUCGCAAGUAACUAAAAAUUCACCUUCUUGCAAAUUAUUUCGUGUAGUUUUCAAAAAAUUAGAUUGCUGUGUUUUUAUGAAAUCAUGUGGUAUCAAACUUGUCAAUUUCAAGCAGAAAAAUGAAACACACUCGUCUGCAGGCUUUACAAUAGUUUCUAAAUCACAUCUAUCCGUGGUAACCCACUGUUCAAAUGAAAGCUGAUCAAUGCAUUUUUCCUCUAAUUGUUUUAAUAAAAUGUUUUCUAAUGCGGAGAGUCUGGACAAUCUUCACAACACCGUAGAUAGCAAUAUGUUGUCUUGUUUUCAUAAAGUGCUGAACGCUGCAUAUAGUACAUACAGACCUGACGAAAUAUUCCUUUCUUUCAAUGGAGGAAAGGAUUGUACGGUUCUACUGGAUAUCAUCAUGAAACUGUUGCCAACCAUAGUAUCAAGCGGUGAUCUAAAAUGUGUUUACAUGCAACCUAAAGAACCUUUCGAAGAAGUCGAAGAAUUCAUUGACCACUGUAGGCGAUACUACAAUAUUAAAAUUAGGUCUAUGAGAGGAGAUAUUAGAACGAUUCUUAAUAAAAUUUGCGAGGAAGAUCAUAAAAUCAAAGCGUGUCUUAUGGGUUCUCGACAAACUGAUCCUUACUGCGAAAAUUUGAAAUCAAUGCAGGAGACUGAUCCCGGUUGGCCAAAAAUGAUGCGAAUAAAUCCGAUGUUGAAUUGGAGUUGCUCGGAUAUCUGGGAGUACAUACAGAAAAAUGAUGUCCCUUACUGCAGUUUGUACGAUCGUGGGUAUACGUCAAUCGGCGAUAAAACCAACACCAUUCCGAAUCCGAACUUGAAACGUACGGGGAAAUCCGGAGAAAUGAUUUAUAUUGCAGCCUAUCAAUUACAGCACGAUAAGCUUGAAAGAGCGGGGAGAUUGUAACGUAACUUCAGAUUGAUGAUGAUUUCAGGCUUGAAAAGAAAUACCAGCGAAGUUGCUGCAUUAUAUAGGCCGCAUAAUACCUAUAACAUACCUAAUUGUAGCAUUCUACUUCUUCAAAAUAGUACUACACUGCCGCUAUUUGCAUAACAGUCCCAUGUAGAUAAGAAAUCUACAGGAGAUGGAUUAAUUGAAGAAAACUAUUCAAUUUCUAAAAGUAACAAAUAACAUAAGAUACAAUUUUCAAAAUUAAUUUUGUAACACAGUGGAAGUGUGAACGAAUCAGUGUAUCAGAAAGUGGGCGAUGCUUGUGGAUGCACUUCACACGGGUUUUCUAUGAACACUCAUACCAUCAAAGCAUGCUGCCCAUAUAAACUGUAGCUGCGCUAGUGUUCACAACAAUAAUAUGGAGCCACUUUUGGAUCCGAAGUUCCACUUCUGUUCUGUGAUUGCAAUCUAAUUUUACACACAAUGACCUGAAUGACUUUCAAAUUGAAAGGUUCGUUAAAUAAAUAAACAGGACAUGGAACUGUUAUGCGAUUAGCGGAAGUACAACCGUCAUAAUAGAUUACAAGAAAACAACCUAGUACAGUCAAAUUUUGCUCGUUGAGCUGUAGCCUUCCUAAAUCGAAGUCAAACGUCAUUUUUGACAGUGCUAUUUCUUUUUCGAGGGGCGCAUAUGUAAACAAUUUGGGUAGUUGUUAAAGGAUUGUGAUGAUAAUACACAAUUGGUGUAUCCCUCAACCAAUUUUCGGCUCGACAGCUCAACCCAACUAACGAAAGCCUUUCACGAAGUGGGCUACAGGUUUAGCCCAACGAGCGAAAGUUAACUGUACAUACAAUGUUAGUAGAAUCAUGCCUGUUCUAGGAAUAACACAAGAAUGGUGCUCAA